ACUAAUGAACGCUACUCUCUACAUUUCACUGUUUUUUCUUUCUCUCUGAAUUAUUUUUUUCAGUUUUCAUCCCUUUCUCGUAACAGUUUUCAACAGAAAAAGAAAUAAAAAAAAUUGUAAGAAAUAAAAGAGAAAAAGAAAAGGAAGAACUCACUGAUAAUGGGAGGUAAAGGUGGUUGUUGUGUAACGAGAUAUGCAACCGGUCCUUACGAUAUGUCCAAAAUGGAGAAGAUAAUGCUUAGGUUUCGUCCUAUAGCCCCUAAGCCAGUCGCCGGCGCCGCCGGUUCCGACGGUUCUUCAUCGGAGAGCGGCGACGUUUUUUCCAGAUCCGCCGGAAGAGCAGCCAAAAGAAAGUACACAAAGGGCGGAAGCGGAAGCAACCGUCGGAGGAGGAAAACCGCGGCGUCGGCUUCGGCUAAAGUUUCGCCGUUGUCGCCAGCGGUGACUCUGCCGUUGCUUCCGGAGACUCCGGAUCCGAAGGAGGAUAUACUUCCGGUGGUGAAGGAGGACGCCGUGCCGGUGUCAUGGUUUGGUUUCGGCGAGUCAACGUCACCGGCGAAGGGAUCGGUAGUGGUGUUGACGGUGGAGUGUGUGACGGACACGUGGCAAAAGGAGAGAGGAAGUUCGAACGAGGAGACGAUGAGAGUGAAGCUUAGUCAAGACACGUGUCCGGGUUUUAUAUCUGACGGUUACGGGAACGUGAUGUGGACAAACGGCGCGUUUAACGGAAUGGUUGGUGGUAGUGGUUGUGACGAGGGAAAGGGAAGAGUGUGGCUAGUGACGAACGUUGUUUCUGCAGCUGUUGCGAGUGCACCGUACUGCGGUGGGUUCACGUGCAGAGUACGGGUGCAGAGAGAAGAUAGCAACACUGAUCUGACGGUUCCCUGUGAUGUUUGGAGAAUAAUCGACGGUUCUGGAUUUGCAUGGAGAUUAGACGUUAACGCUGCACUUACCUUGAGCUUGGCCUUGUAAUUCAGGUACCGAAAAGAAAAACGCGCAAAGAACGAAAAACGGUGCCGUUUGAGUUGCGGUUUUGGGAUUUGAUCUUGAAACCCUUGGUCUUGGUGGUGGCGAGGGCUAAAGUGACUUUGCUUGCUCGACACUGUAUAACUGUAAAUUAAAUGCGUAAUUUGCGUUUGGUGAGGUACUAGCUACUAAUCUGCGUGAAUCUGUAAUUUUAAUAUAUAAUAUAUGUUUUGUUUUGUUGUGUUGGUUAA